AUGGCUUCUGAAUCCCAUACCGAGGACGCACAACAUUUGGCGGCGAGCAAAGAAUAUGGACUAAACUUCGCGGUCGCGGGUGGGCUGGGAGGUAGUUUACAUUCUCCUCUUCACGAGUCUAUCACUCUGGCUGCCCUGGUCAGUACAGGAUUCAACGUAGCUCCAGGGACUACAUUAGAAAGUGCCAGUAACGACGACUGGGAGUACAUUCGGGGAGUGGUGUGGAACGAUGAUCCCGCUUGUCUACUCUUUGACGACUACGCCGACGCAAACCACACCUACUCGACAGGAAUGAUGUGGGGCUACUAUUUCAAGACAGGGGAAUACGAAUGGGAACAAGACAAAUCAGACAAGAUGCAAAACCCGACCGGGCGCUCCCACUACGGCGAUCUCCAGUUCCUACACUGUAUGGCUUCCAAGCUUGGAGAGAACCCAGAGGAGACCAAAGGAAAAUUGAUGAAAUGGCUCGGCGUCCUUUGGAAACUCUUCAAUGGAGAGGAAGGGAUUACCCCAGAUACAGUCAUCAGCAAGACCGAUAUGGCCGAAUUCUGUCCUAACUUCUCGCUGCCCGCCAACUGGGGGACGCUGCGCUAUCUGCUAUCUGGCGAGUCGGCAUUCGAAGCCUUGGACAUACCACGUCGAGCCUUAGGCAGUAUGUUCCAUAUCAUACAAGAUUCCUACGCUCUGGGACACACGAGACGCACGUUGCUGAACCAUGAAGCGAAGAUCUCCGACGAUCCCCUCCAAUUCCAACCCGGCGUCGUCGACAAAUGGGGCCCAAUCGAGAACUUCCACGUCUACAAUGGACAAGACGACGACCAUCACGGGCUGUACGAUCACGCCAACACCCCAAUCCCCGAUCCCACAAAUCUGGCCAACUUGGAUCAGUUCAACAGCAUGAUUGGCUGUCGCGAUGCCGUCGAGAAGUGUCGAGGACUGAUCGAGCUAAAAAAGUCGGGCAAGACGUGGGAAACAGGGGUGAGAACGUACUUGGAUGAGGUUGUGUUCUCCCUCUCACAAGAAGUCACGGAUGCAGAUACGCGAGUGUGGCCUUAG